AUGCCACUCGAACAAAUUCAGACAACAUUGCAUGUCUCUGGAUUAUCUGAGGAAGUAACACCUCAGACUUUGUAUUCAAUGUUUAUUCCUUUUGGAGAGAUUGUCCGAGUAGAACUUCCACGGGAUGAGAAUUUAGAUAUUGAAGAUGAACCCCAUCAGGGCUUUGGGUAUGUUGAAUUUAAAGAAGAAGGAGAUGCAUGGGAUGCAAUCGAUAAUAUGGAUCAGUCAGAAGCAUUCGGACGGAUUCUACAUGUAACACGUGCACGUGCAGAAAAAGCGAUAUUGGAGGGUCUUGGAUCAAAGAUUCCUGUUUGGGAACAAGAAGCAUGGAUUCAACGAUAUCAGGUUGAUAAGGAUGAUUGGAAGGCAGUUGAGCAACAAAAGAUAAUGCAGAGUACGCAACAGACAGAAAAUGCACAUCCAACAUCAACUAUUUCUCAUCCGUUGUAA